AUGCUAUCAUUAAUAAGAGAACAACCAUUAUAUUACGGUUCGCUUGGUCUAUUGACACUUGCCUCACUCAAAGUUAUUGGUGCACAAUUCAAUCUUAGUCAAAGAUUCUUUAAUCAAUUAUGGUAUGAUGAAUCAUUAAAUAAUAACAACAACAACUAG